CGCUUCUUUCAUAUUUGUCGUAUUUUUAAGAUUGUCCUUCGCCUACUUUCUGUUCUUUUUUCGUAAAGCACGUAUAAAUUACUCAGAAUAGUAUAACCGACCAAUCUAUAAAAGAAUUGGUUUAUUUUUGCUCCAACUUCCUCCCUCGUAUCUCAUGACCAUGACAUUCAUCUGAUAAUCGGAUGGAAUGGAUAAUGUACCAUGUUGCUAUUGUACCUAUGAAGUGCCUUUCCGGGGAGUUUCUUCAGAGCAUCCGACGGGUCACUUGCUAACUGCUGUUAGAAAUUCUGGGGAGAAGCAAUUGCUUGGGAAACCUCUGGAUAAAAUUUUCCGUUUUGGGUGUUUUGAAGUUGCACACAACAAAUUAACAUUAUAUGGAAUUUUGGGUUUAUCAAAUUGGGAAGUAUUAUUUGUGCCAUGUAUUAAUCUUGGACAAAUAAGUAAGGAGGACAUUAAUGCCACUCGUCAAUUAUUAUCUCAAACACUUCAUCGUACAGAACCAUAUUUUUAUCAGUCAUGGAUAUCUAAUCGUCCUGGUUCUAUUGGUUUAGGUAAAAUUGAUUAUUUAAUUAUACAAGAUCGACAUGAUCAUUUAUAUAAAUUUGAUCCAAUUAAUAAUAUAUGGUUACAUUCAAUAAAUGGUAAUGGUAUCAAAUUAAAAAAAUUUAAAAAAUAUUGGUUAAAUACUACUGAUAAUACUACUAAUACUCCUCCUCCUACUCCUACUACUACGACUACUCAUCAUCAUGAUCAUAAUAAAUUACCUCAUACACCAACACGUUUAUUAAUAUUAACAACAGAUUUUGAAGUAUUUAGUUUUCAAUUAUGUUAUAAUCAAUUAAAAUUAUCAACAAUAUCUAUCAUAACAACAAAAGAAUUAAAUAAAUUACGUAAAAAUAUUAAAAAUAAUAUAAAUUUAUUUAUUAAUUUAUUAACUAAAAGAAUAUCAUAUAUACGUAAAUCAACUGGAUAUUUAUUAGCUAAUGAAUAUGCAAUUAAUAAUAAUAAUAAUAAUAAUAAUAAUAAUAAUUUGGAAACACUAUUGAUUGGUCAACAAGAUACAACUAAUCAUAAUCUACAUAAAAGAUCUAAUGUAAAUAUCUAUGAAACUAAUUGCAAUGAUAAUAAACAUGAUUUUCCAGUCAAGUGUACUCCAGUUAAUUCACUGACAAGAUUAAAAACAACUUGGUAUCAUCGUUUAAAAGGAAAUUAUAUAAUAAUUAAUAAUACAGAUUUUGCUUAUUGUCGUACAUUACCAUUGGAAAUACCAACACUUGCAUUUAAAAUGUCUGUAAUUAUAUUUCGCGACUACUUUGAAGGACAUCGAUUUCCAAUUUUAUCAUUUUAUUAUUCAAAUUCAUUAGUUCAUAAUAAAAAUUCUUAUUUAUAUAAAUAUUAUCCACCUUAUUCCUUGGCUACUACUACUACUACUACUACUUCCCCGGUUUCAAUGUCAUUAGUACAUCGAUUCGGUGUAUGGAUAUUAAGAUCUGGUAAUUUAUUAACUGAUAUCAAUAUGAAUCAACUGAUUGAUUGUAAUAAUCAUUUAUCAUCAACAACAACAAUAUCAAAUCAGCAAAAGAAAUUAUAUUUAAAACAUAUUAAAUUAUCAUUUAGUGAUCAUUUAAAUGAAUUAUUCAAAGAUAAAAAUAUUGUCAAAUCAACUGAAUCAACUUUACAAGAAUUUUAUAUUCCAUUAUAUGAAGAUUAUUCUAAUGAUUGGUGUACUACUCCUCCUCCUCCUCCUCCUCCUCCUACUACUACUACUACUACUCAUGAUUGUACAUUUAUGAGAACAUCAGAUCAUCCAACCAAUAAUGAUAAUGAGGAUAUGGCAAAAUCUCUAGAACAGAACAAUUUUAUACCAUCUUCAUUUAUAACUGAAUUAUAUGAAUUAAAUCAACAUUAUGAUAAUUGGUUAAUACCUAAACAUAAUCAUAUUAAACAAUCUUGGUUACAAUUAAAAAAUCUUAUACAAUUACCACAAAUUCAUACACCAAAUGUAGAGAUUUUCAAUGAGUUUACAAAUACUACUACUUAUAAUAAUAAUAAUAAUAAUAGCAUGAAUGAUACUACUGAUUAUGAUGCUUCAGUAGUUGGUGACCAUCAUUCAUUGAUCAAUGUUGCAACUACUACUUCUACUAUCAAUACUAAUAAUCAUAAUAAUACUAGUAGUAGUAAUGAUAAUCUAAUGUUUAUGAAUUGGGAUACCUUAUCAACCGAUUCAUUAAGUAGUGAACGUGAAAAAAAAUAUUCUGAUAUUUUAUUCAGAUCAAAAUCAAAACAAAUGGAUCAUUCAGUUAUUGAUAAACGUUUAUCUACAAGAUCUGAUUGGCAUAAAUUCAGUUUUACUAAUUUACUUAAAACUGAUAAUAAUAAUAAUAAUAAUAAUAAUAAUAAUAAUAAUAAUAAUAAUAAUAAUCCUACGAACAAUAAAAGUAACAGUACUAAUAAUCUACGUAAUAGUAUAGGUCAAUCAUUUAGUAAAAGUUAUUCACAUUUUUAUUUAUUAAAUAAAAAGAAAUUAGAUCAUUUCGCAUUUCAAUGUAGUCCGCAUCGAUCUGAUUGGUAUGAUUAUUUAUUAUCAACAAAUUGGUUAAAUUUAUUAUUGUUUACAUUAAAACAAGCAACACAAUUAAGUCAAUUAAUUUAUCAAUAUUCAAUGAAACCAGUAAAUGGUUAUGAUGGAACAAUUAUUUUAUUAAGUGGACCAGAUAGUGGUCGAAAUUGGCAACCGAUUUUAAUGAGUCUUGUACAGAUAAUGUUAUCUGCAGAGAACAGAACAAUUCUUGGAUUUGAAGAUUUAAUUGAACAAGAAUGGAUUCGUUAUGGUUAUCCAUUUGUCCCCGAUCCAACUGAUUGGCAUGAUGAUUCAGUUAGUUGUGAUUAUGAUGAUGGUGCAUGUUUCGCAUUAUUCAUCGACUGUGUUCAUCAAUUAUUGGUCCAAUUUCCUACAGAAUUUGCAUUUACAGAGGAUUAUCUGGUCUUAUUAUUAGAUAGUGCAUUAAGUCGAGGUGGUGGAACUCCACCAUUCACUAUAGAAUUUUCAUGUUCAUGUGAAGCAACAAGGCAUGUUAAAACAAAAUCAAUGACACAAGAACAAAUUAUUGAAAAAUCAAAUUAUUUUUAUAAUAUAAGAGCAUGGCGUUCAUUUCAUAAUUGGAAUGAUAUUUUAACUGAUCAUGGAUAUCAAUUACUAUUUAAUUGGUUAUAUUUUUGGCAAUAUAAUUCAGAUCCUGUAAAUAAUAGAUCAGAUUAUACUAAACUUAUACAAACUAUAAAUAAAUCUACACAAAUACUUAUACCAAUUUUAUCACCAUUCUAUUAUCCACAUGUUUGGAUUCAUGCAUGGUAUCGUUGGAAUCGUUCAAUUCGUUUAACUAAUGGUGGAGGUUAUGCAUUCAAUGCUGCUUAUUAUAGAAAUUUAUUAGGAUCAACAUUAUUAAAUAAUAAUCAAAAUCCAUUUCAAAUACCACGUACAAAUACUACACCUUAUACUGGUUGGUUAACAGAUGAAUCAAUUAGAAAUGCAUUAAAUCAUAUUGGUUAUUCAAUAUCAUUUGAUGAUUUUUAUAAAAAUUUAUAUGAAAUAGCAAAUUUAUGGGAUAAUAAUGAAUAUUGCGACACAUCUUAAUGGAUAUAAUUUAGAAUAAUACAAAUAAUAUACAUACCUUUUUUCUUUUCUCUUUUCUUUAUCUAAAUCAUAUCUACCACUUAUGUAUGAAUAAUCUCAUUCCUUUUGUUAUAAGUGUGUUUUUAUUUUGUUUUGUUUUUUUCUUUCUUUCUUUCUUUAUUUAUUUAUUUUCAGAUGAUCAAUGGAAAAACUGUUUACCUUUAUUUUACUUUAUUUUUCUUUUUUUUUUUAUUUAAAAGAAGAAAAAAAAAGAACCGCCAAGUAAUCUCACAAAUUUUAUUUUUCUUUAUAAAAUAAAAAAUAUUUUAUUUGUGUACGUAUUCAAGUCAAUGGAAGGAAUCCAAUAUUGAUCUGAAUUUAAAUACAAUAACCCUUUUUUUUUCUUUCUUUCUCUCCUUAAAUCUUUUUAAUUAUUUCAGGGUUUUUUUUUUGUACUUUUUAUAAAUUAAAACAAAAAAUUUUUUUUAAAUUUUUUAUUACUUAAUUUAUUAGUGAUUUAUUUGUUUAUUUACUUGUUUUGUAAAUCUAAUUUAAAUAAUUGUAAUAAGAUCAUUAUGAAUAUUCUAAACAGAUAAACAUGAUUUGUAAUAAUUCUUAAAAAAAUUUAUUUAUAUAAUAAUAGUCUUAAAGCUUAAAUGAGAAGAUACAAACUGAACAAAACCAAGUGAAUUGAAAUUCAAUCCAUUGUACAUGCAAGUGGUUAUCAGGACUCCAGUAGCUGAGUGGAUAAGGCGAUGGUACUGGGUUCGAGUCGCAGAGUGAACAUCAACUCUCUGAGAUGCAGGUACAUCCAACUGACGAGUGCCACCAAAUAGGAGGAAACGCGCGUCAAACUGCAUUCCACUGCUAGCCACUAUCCAUCAUUGCUUACAAAUAGCUUGUGAAUUAAGGUAAUAUCGAGGCAUACGCACAGUAUGCACAUAUGCCAAUAACAGACUGAUCAAUUGCAGUCUUAAACCUCAAUGAGAAGAUACAAGCCAAACAAUACCAAAUGAAU